AUGCCUGAGGAGACCCAAGAAGACACAGUGGCACCAACGCCGAGCCCAAGGAACAGGGUCCCGCUGGCCCCCAACCACGUACAGGAAGUGCGCCUGCACCCAGUGGAGUCCAUCAGCGACCUCCACGGUGGAGGUUCCCUGAGGCCCUAUUUGGCCGAGGCGCAGUCCUGGGACGAGCUGUUGGGCAUCCUGCCACCCUCGCUGUGUGCCCAGGCCGGCUGCAGCCCUCUGCAGGGCCGCUUGGGCUUCUUGUUGCUGCUGGCGCUGCUGGUGCUCACCUGCCUGGCUCUUGCCAUCCUCGCCGUCUACCUGAGUGUGCUACAGAGUGAGUCCCUCCGUGUCCUGGCACACACACUGCGCACGCAGGAGGAGGUACUGCUCAAGCUGCGGCUGGCCAGCCUCAGCCAACUGCGCAGGCUCAACAACAGCGAGGCCCGAGCACCCAGCUGAGAGGCGGCUGCUCCUCGGGGGCGAGAGUACGAAUCAAGUGACCGCUGGCAGGUCUCUCCUCUCCCUGCCCCCUGGCCAUACCACUUGCUUGGUCAGGCCGUUGUCUGAGUGAUCUGACCCCUACAGUUGCCCACUUCUGACCUCUGCAGGCCAGUGGGCAGUCAAGCUUUAGGGUGCCAAAGCCCCAGGAAGUAACCCAGCCCCCUUGGCUCCUCCUGUGGCCUGUCAGCACCCUCUGGCCUCCCCCAGACAACAGGCCCCCAAGUCCAGAAAUAGCUGUCCCCUCCCGGUCAUCCAGGCGCCGCCUGAGCCUCCCAGCAGGGGGUUAGAGCCGCUGCUCACACAGAGCGGGGUCACCAUGGGGAGCCUGCCCUGAAGGGCAUAGGUGACAGGGAGACUGAGGGAAGCCGGUGGGGUGGUCAGGGGUGGUGGAUGUGGCAGGGGCAGGCAGGCAGAAGGAGCAAGGAGCUGAGACCCUUCAAAGCAGAGCAUUCAGUUU